AAUUUUGGGGUGGAGUAGCAAAAUACAUUGCAGCAGUUUAUCAUCGCAUAGCAUAGCAGGUAAGCAGCUAGCUUGAAAUAUAAGAAGAGGUUGCAGUUCAUACAAGCCGUACCGGUACACUGGCAGGAAGAGUCAUGACAACAACCGGGACGUACAAGUACCCUGAUGGUAGUGAAUACGCUGGAGAGUGGAGCGAGGUCGGCAUGCGACAUGGUCUCGGUCACAUGACAUUCCUCGAUGGGUCGAUGUACACAGGACGAUUUGAUGCUGGCUUAUGUUCUGGGCUUGGUGUCAUGGUGUUUGCGGAUGGUUCACGAUAUGAAGGUGAAUUCAUGAUGGGAAAGUACAAUGGUGUGGGUGUGUUCACAAGGUGUGACGGCAUGAAGUUCGAAGGAGAAUUUAAGAAUGGGAAGAUCUUUGGAUCUGGACUUCUAACAUUUGCUGAUGGAACAAACGGUUUGCCGAGGAACGAGGGGACAUUCGAUGGAAACAAACUUACAAAGAGAGAAAAGUGCCAGCCAAUAAUACAGAAAGCGUUAUUGACAGCUGAACGGGCCAGAUCGCAGCAUUUAUGAUCAUUGUGACGUUUGUUCCUGGACUUUAUGGAGUCUAUUCAUUUACAACUGCCUCGUACACUCACAGCUGUUCUAUAUACCGUACUCCGUCGCACAGGAUUUUGUAGAAAACAAAAACUUUUAUUCAUGUUAUGUCAAUAUGAUUGGGUUGUUGAUGAUCUGACAGUGAUGUUAUUCUGGCAAAGCAAGCUCGAAGUGUAUUUUUACGGCAUUGUUUUAAAACCUUUGUUACACAUGAGGCUUUGUUUACAUCGAGUUGACGUUGUUAAUGCGACAGAUUUCAAAUGUCGUUUGUAACAUGAAUAACGAAUCAGAUAUUUUCAAAGAGAGGGAUGAUCGUACACCUUGUCACUUUUCACCCUUGUUAUUUUUUCAAGCAGAUGGAUAAACAUGCUUGUGACAAGUGACAUGCGGCAGCUCGACGACAUCCUGGCCUCAUACAGUCUUUAUCACUCGUAUCGACACAUUCCGAUGCUUCGCUAACAUUCCAUUUUGACGAGACACGCAGCUUUUCUCAGACAGUCGGCAUGGAACUUUAUGGGACUAGCCUCAGCCACAGCUGAUGAAUUGUGUUGACCUGUAAAGUUGAAGUAAUCAGUGAGUGAUCAGGAGGAGAAAGAUCUGACGAAUCUGUUGAAUUCACCGUCCACAAGUUGAUUGUUUAUUGUUGCAAACCUACUAUCGCAGUGUUUACAUCUGUGGAACUCGCUCACACAAGUAUCUGUGAGACGACAUCACCAUUGAAUAGUCAUGUGGUAAGAGGGAACCAGCUAUCAACUGGGGAGCAUCUUUUUGAGCUGUGGGUAGUAUAAUGUGUAUAGUUUGAGAGUGUGACUUGCAUCUAGCAGAAAACAUAUUCAAUAGGUGAUGUGUCCUCCUGGACAUCCACAAGCACAGCCAGUGAUCAGAGGAAUGUGUAUUGUGGUUAGAAGACACUAUUUGCAAUGUAUAGAGAUUUAGAAAUAUAACUAUUUA